AUGGAAGACUCAUCUAAUACCUCUGGCAGUCAGAUGCGACAGCCCAAGAAGCGGUUUGUCGGUCGACGUACUGCCGAAACCCAGGCUCAAAAGGACUCUACGGGCCAGAAUGAUGUCGAAUCCACGGCAGUGCAGACAGCCGCCCCAAGGAGGACUCCUCGUACCCUCAAUCAAGUGCCUUCGGAGAUCCUGAAUGACCCAGAGAUCCAAGCCGCAAUCGACCUCCUCCCUAAGAAUUACUCCUUCGAGAUCCCCAAGACAAUCCACCGAGUACGCUCUUCGGGGGCCAAGCGCGUCGCCCUGCAGUUUCCAGAGGGACUGUUGAUCUUUGCAACCACCAUUUCAGACAUUCUCACGCAGUUUUGCCCCGGCAUCGAGACGUUGAUCAUGGGUGAUGUGACAUACGGUGCAUGCUGCAUUGACGACUACACGGCGCGAGCCCUGGGAUGCGAUCUUCUGGUCCAUUACGCACACAGCUGCUUGAUCCCCGUAGAUGUGACCAAAAUUAAGACACUAUAUAUCUUCGUCGACAUUAGCAUCGAUACCAGCCACCUCAUCGCUACCCUCGAGCGCAACUUCAAGCCCGGCCAGACCAUCGCCACUGUCGGCACAAUCCAGUUUAACGCAACUUUACACGGACUCAAGUCAGUCCUGGAGCGUGCUGGUUUCCGCGUUGUGAUUCCUCAAAUUAUGCCGCUCUCUAAGGGCGAAAUCUUGGGCUGCACCUCACCCCAACUACCUGAAUCAGAGAUCGACGUUCUUCUAUAUCUAGGCGAUGGCCGGUUCCAUCUUGAAUCCGCCAUGAUUCACAAUCCUACUAUCCCGGCAUACCGGUACGAUCCUUACUCACGGACUCUGACCCGUGAAUCAUACGAUCACGAGGAAAUGCACACCAUUCGCCGAGAUGCGAUUGCCACUGCCAAAACUGCUAAGAAAUGGGGAAUCAUUUUGGGAUCGCUUGGACGUCAGGGCAAUCCUAAUACGAUGGCAAUGAUUGAACGCCAUCUUGCCGAGCGUGGAAUCCCUGUCGUUAACCUUCUAUUGAGUGAGAUCUUCCCUGGAAAGCUCGCGUCCAUGUCGGACGUCGAGUGCUGGGUGCAGAUCGCUUGUCCGCGGUUGAGUAUUGAUUGGGGAUAUGCUUUCUCUCGGCCAUUGCUGACCCCAUACGAGGCUCUUAUUGCCCUGGGUGUUCGUGAGAACUGGGACAAAGCCAACAAGGGUGUCUAUCCGAUGGACUUUUAUGCCAAGGAGGGGCUGGGUCGGACGAAGCCCGAGCAGCCCAUUACUGCAGCUUGA